CUAUGGAAAGAACACUUAAUAAAUGUAUAAAAUAUAUUAGAUUUUUUCAAAUUCCUGCACAAGAAUAUUUUUAUAAAGUUCGACCAUAUAAGAAAAUAUUACCACGAGAACUUAAAGAAGAUCUUCAACUUUUUCAUAUUGUUCCAUUAGGACAACCAAAGUUUACAACUGUUUUACCACCUAGAAUGGCUAAUGAUUGGAGACAAACAUCCGAAAGUUUUAUAUUUUCAUUAAAUAAAGAACAUAAGACGACAAUAAUAAGUCGAGUGAGAAAUCCUAAUUGUGCCAUCCGAGAUACUGUUUCAAAACAAUGGAUCGGAUUUGGAGUAGGUGAUCUUCAUUUUCUUGAUGGAACAUGUAGUCCAAGUGAUUAUGAAACAAAAAUUUUAGAUACUACAAGAUACGUGGUUGAGGAUUUUGAAGUCUUUCAGAUCUUAACUAAAUGUUAA